UAUUGAUAGCCCUCGCUCAAUGCAGGAAGACAGUUGGAUUGGUUUCGCAUAGCGUAUGGAGAGUUUCCCACAACUAAACGUCUAUUUUGACUCGGUUACUGAUAACAGAAUUCACCUGCUGGGAAUUCGUUGUUAAAAAUGGUGAUGCUACUGUGGUUGGUGCAUUUGCUGUACUUCAUCAACGUUCAGGGUUCAGCCAUCAGUAAUCUGCGAACUAUUGAAAGGGAAUUCUGGGACUGGCGCCUACGAGAUGCGCCUGAAUUCGCUUCUGUUGCAGGAGUUAACAAGUACAACGAUCGUUUGACAUCAUUCAGUCUAGCUUCGUUUCAAAACAGACACAAUAAGGUUGAAGAGUUCCUUACCAGAGUAAAGGCGAUUGACACGUCAACACUAACUCCCCACGAACACAUCGACUACGUCAUCUUGAAGGACCAUCUACAGACCUACAUUGACGGCUAUUCAUGGCGGCUGUAUGAGCCUAUAAAUCCAAUCAACUUCUUGGAAGGCCUGCACACCAAUCCCCAGCACUUCCUCGACACAAUGCCCUACAUCUCGAGAGGAGACUUCGAGAAUCUCAUUGAACGACUUGAGAAGAUCCCCAGACAGCUGUCUGAAUAUGUGGAUUUGAUGAGGGAAGCUAUUCGACUGAAUCACACACAAAACAAAGUCUCCGUGGAGCCUGUUUCAGGUCAAAUUGAUAAACUGUUGGUCGACGACCCAUCGCAUUCCGUGUUUUAUAAACCGUUCACCCAUCACCUGGACCAUUCUCAUGUACCACACUCUGAAAGGUAUCGUUUGAGAGAGCGAGCGAAACAUGCAAUAACGAUUGUAUUAAAAGCAUUCAAAUCACUCAAGAACUUCAUAAUCAACGAAUACAUGCACGCUACUCGCAGAAGCUGGGGUGUGCAAGACUGGGAUCAUGGGACGAAAAACUACGAGGCGUGUUUGAGAUGGCACCUAUCGCUAGACGUGACCCCUAGAGAGGUGCAUGACCUGGGUUUGAGAGAGGUGCAGCGUAUUCGCGGGGAAAUGACCCAGGCAAUGGGAAGACUCGGCUAUUCUGGUUCGAUACCGGAUUUCUUCGGCAUGAUACGGAAAGAUCCGAGGUUCCACGUUAAUUCGGCAGAAACUCUACUGCGACGAUACGACGACAUCAUCUACAAGAAAGCUUUCCCAAAGAUGAAAACCCUUUUUAAAGACAUCCCUGACCUGCCACUCAAAGUGGAACGCAUGCCGUUCAACGGACCGGGUGGUGAGUAUUUAGCUGGGACGGCGGACGGCUCACGACCUGGGGUGUUUUACGUAAACCUACAACAUCCAGAAGACACAGCAACUAUUGACAUGGUGGCGUUGUCGCUACACGAGACAGUACCUGGACAUCACCUACAGUCAAUUUAUGCCCUGUCGACGGAUCUGCCAUCAUACCGGAAGUUCCAAGAGGACGACAACUACUACCAAACACCUUUGAAGUUUCCGCUUUACACAGCGUAUCUAGAGGGCUGGGGACUUUAUGCAGAGUACCUUGGAGAGGAACUUGGUCUCUAUAGCGACGACUACGAGCUGAUGGGUCGCUACAGUUCCGAGAUGUUCCGAGCCUGCAGACUAGUUGUGGACACUGGACUGCACUAUUUUGAUUGGACGCAAGAAAGAGCCAUCGAAUAUAUGCUGAAUAACACGGCUUACUCCCGCAACGACCUCACGACGGAAGUGAACCGGUAUAUGACCUGGCCCGGUCAGGCAUGCGCAUACAAGGUUGGCGAACUGAAGCUAAAAGAACUGCGACAGAAGGCCUCCACGCAACUAGGUUCGCGUUUUGAUGUCAAAGAGUUUCACUCGAUAGUACUAAACAAUGGACCAGUUCCCCUAAGAGUGCUAGAACAACUGAUUGACGCCUGGAUACACAAGGGUCAAGGACAUUCCAUACAGCCAAUCGGAUAAUGGUCUACGUCAAUGCUAUUGUUGGCUGAUUGUUAAUGUUUUAAAUUUUAUUAUUAUUUAUGUUAUUUUAUUUUAUUAUUAUUAGUUGUUUAAUAUGGUCAUUUUGGGAAAUUAUUGAAAGCAGAUUUCGACCUGAAUCAGUUUUUGCUGCUUUUGUCGUUAUAAUUUUCACAAGAAUAGAGGAAAACAUUAUUAUUUUAAUAUGAAAUAUGUAUUCAAGACAAAAAAUAUUAAAAAUCAACAAAUGAAAACUAUUUGAAAAAAACUCAAACAUUUAAAACAAACAUGCUUAAAUCUGGUCUUAUUUAUCACUCUGAUCUUCCAAUAUUAUCCAGUAUUACCGCGUGUCCAAACGACCAAUCAAAACACUAGUGACAUCAAAUUUCAGUAUGGUAAAAGUCAUAUUUCUUUGUCAUCUGGUAUUUCCCUAAUGAUGAUAAAACAGUCAAUGAUUUUUUUUAUAACAACAAACAUUUUUUUCAUAAUCACUGUUAUAAACAACAGAUGGACAGGACAUUUUCCUCCAUUUUUACCAAUUCUAAUCUAAGUAAAAGCGACUGUUUGCUUUUAAAAUCAAACAUUGUAUUGUUUCUAAUAUAUGUAACAAUCACACACACACACACACAUACACACACACACACACACACACGCAUGCACACUCACACGCGCACACACAUAUACACGCACACACACAGUGCAGAUUAAUUUUCUGACCAACAAUGUAUUUCUAGAACUGUAUACAAUUAUUGUCAAUUGUAAAUUGUAAAUUGUCAAUUAAUCAUCGUUUAUAUGACAAUUGCUAGUAUAAACUCUUAACUUUAUUGUAUUAAGUUGUAUGUAAUGCCAUGCCAUUUAGUUAAUGUUUACAUAGGCCAGUGAUUGAUUUGCCAAUACAUUUCAUUUAUGAAAUAAAUAUUGCUUAAAUGACA